GAUAGAGCAGAGGUGUCACUGAAAAGGCAAACAAUUAAUAUCCCAAAUGAGAGGAGAGAAGGAACCAUGCAAGGGCCUGGGGGAAGCCUUCCAGCUAGAACAGCCAAUGCAAAGGUCCUGGGGUGCAGAAAAGCAAGGAGGCCAGUAUGAUCUGAGUGGAGUGGGCAGAGUGAGAGGAGGAGAGAUUGGAAACAUGGUGGGCAAGUGUACCUAGGGCCUUAUGGGCUGUGGCUGGGAAUACUGGCUUUUACCUGGAGUGAGGUGCAGCCAGAUGCUUCUGAGUCAAGGAGUACCCUUAUGUGAUACAUGUUAGGUUCCUGUGACUGCAGGGUAGGAAGAAAGGUCAGGUGGGGUGGGGAGAGCAGUGAGAACAGAGAAGACACUGCUGCCAUUGUUGAGGUGGGAGAAGAUGAAGGAUGGACCAGGAUAGGGGCCUGGAGUUGGGUGAUAAAAUUCUGGAAGUAUUUUGGUGAUGGAGAUACUGGGCCUACCCAGUAUGAGGGGCACAAGGCACGUUCAGGCUGGGGUGAUUUGGGGCAGAGCAGGUAACAAACCAGGAAUGAGGUUGAGCCAGGACCCUGGCUGGCUCCAAGAGGCUUUACUCCAAGAGAUACAUGUUCUCAGAAGAGAUCCAUUGACAGAUCUGUCUUCUAGACACUGCUAUCAUCACAUGGCCUUCACUGCACAGUCAUGUAGCUUGGUGAUUAAGAACCAGACUCGACGAACUGCCUGCUUUCAAAUUUUAGCUCCACCACCCACUUGCUGUGUACUGAUGGGUAAGCAACUCGAACUCUCGGCCUGAGGAAGUGCUGAUGAGCACUGUCUAUAAGGACAAAGGUGAUGGAGAUGUAAAAGCACCCCUCUGAGACGUUCAUAGAGGGUAAGCAUGGCGUUGAGCUCCGAGAGAGGGAACAACAUCAGCAAGGCACAGAGACCACUGUCCCAACUGGCCGGGUUCGCAGACCUGGAGAGGGCUCUGUCACCGCGAGGAUGGAUAAAAAGGCGACACGGGUGUCGCCUUGCCGCCCCUCUCCCCCCGCCGGUCUCUGCUUCAUCUCUCUCCUGCCUCGGUGCCUCACACCCUUCCAGGUGGCAGUCCCUUCUUCCUCUUCGGGUGCUCGGGGUCUAGCCCCUUGGCGUCGCUGCCUCCAGAGCCUUCAUCUGAGCUAGCUGCCUCUCAGCAUCUCCUCCCCCGCGCCUUGCCACUGCGCAUGCGCCGCCAGCGCCCCUCCCUCUCCACCCCCACCCCCGAUCGGCUGCUGGGCCUCGUCCCCUUCUCUCUGUCUCCCUCUCUUCCCCUACCACGUCCCCCGACACCGACACCCCAGUACUCCGCGGUCUCCUCAGUCUCAGCCUCGGUCUUCAACCCCGUCCGCCCGAGGAUUUGCCUGCAGGCCGCCCCUGACUCUUGCGCCCGCCCACCACUGAGGGCCAUCGAGGACCAUGACUAAGACAGAUCCUGCCCCCAUGGCCCCUCCACCCCGAGGAGAGGAGGAAGAAGAGGAGGAAGAAGAUGAGCCCGUCCCUGAAGCCCCCAGCCCCACCCAGGAGCGCCGGCAGAAGCCUGUUGUGCAUCCAUCGGCACCUGCACCCCUCCCCAAGGACUACGCCUUCACCUUCUUCGAUCCCAAUGACCCUGCAUGCCAGGAGAUUCUGUUUGACCCUCAGACCACCAUCCCAGAGUUGUUCGCCAUCGUGCGUCAGUGGGUGCCCCAAGUCCAGCACAAGAUAGAUGUCAUCGGCAAUGAGAUUCUACGUCGAGGCUGCCACGUGAAUGAUCGUGAUGGGCUGACCGACAUGACGCUGCUCCAUUACGCAUGCAAGGCUGGGGCCCAUGGAGUCGGGGACCCUGCGGCGGCCGUGCGUCUCUCCCAGCAGCUGCUGGCGCUGGGCGCCGAUGUUACCCUGCGCAGUCGCUGGACCAAUAUGAACGCUCUUCACUACGCUGCCUAUUUUGACGUGCCCGACCUGGUACGGGUGCUGCUGAAGGGCGCGCGGCCACGCGUAGUGAACUCCACGUGCAGUGACUUCAACCACGGCUCAGCCCUGCACAUCGCUGCCUCCAACCUGUGCCUGGGCGCGGCCAAAUGUUUGCUGGAGCAUGGCGCCAACCCAGCGCUGAGGAAUCGGAAGGGGCAGGUGCCAGCUGAGGUGGUCCCAGACCCUAUGGACAUGUCCCUGGACAAGGCAGAGGCUGCGCUGGUGGCCAAAGAGCUGCGAACGCUGCUGGAAGAGGCUGUACCACUAUCAUGUGCCCUUCCCAAGGUGACAUUACCCAACUAUGACAACGUCCCAGGCAAUCUCAUGCUCAGCGCAUUGGGCCUGCGUCUAGGAGACCGUGUUCUGCUGGAUGGUCAGAAGACGGGCACACUGCGGUUCUGCGGGACCACAGAGUUUGCCAGCGGCCAGUGGGUGGGUGUGGAGCUGGAUGAACCUGAGGGCAAGAAUGAUGGCAGUGUUGGGGGUGUCCGGUACUUCAUCUGCCCUCCCAAGCAAGGUCUUUUUGCCUCUGUGUCCAAGAUCUCCAAAGCAGUGGAUGCACCCCCCUCGUCUGUCACCUCCACGCCCCGGACUCCCCGGAUGGACUUCUCCCGUGUUACUGGCAAAGGCCGAAGGGAACACAAAGGCAAGAAGAAGUCCCCAUCGUCCCCAUCUCUGGGCAGCCUGCAGCAGCGUGAGGGGGCCAAGGCUGAAGUUGGAGACCAAGUCCUUGUGGCAGGCCAGAAGCAGGGGAUUGUGCGCUUUUAUGGGAAGACAGACUUUGCCCCAGGUUACUGGUAUGGCAUUGAGCUGGACCAGCCCACAGGCAAGCACGAUGGCUCUGUCUUUGGUGUCCGGUACUUCACCUGCCCCCCAAGGCAUGGAGUCUUUGCACCAGCAUCCCGCAUUCAGAGGAUUGGUGGAUCUACGGAUCCCCCUGGGGACAGUGUUGGAGCCAAAAAAGUACAUCAAGUGACAAUGACACAGCCCAAACGCACCUUCACGACAGUCCGGACUCCAAAGGACAUUGCGUCAGAGAACUCUAUCUCCAGGUUGCUCUUCUGCUGCUGGUUUCCAUGGAUGCUGAGGGCAGAGAUGCAGUCUUAGAGGCCCUGGAUACCUGACAGAGACAAAGAAGUCCCUUCUAGCAUCUCCUGACACAAGGAGCCCCCAGUCACCCUGAGAUAGAGAUUCCCAGUAACACAUCCAGAAUAGAGACCCCCCAUUAGCCAGCCCUCAAUCACUGAAGUCCCAUUAUUAACAGAUCCCCAUGAUAACCUGCCCCCCAAAUACAGACCCCAUAUCACCCAGAAAAAGAUUCCCUAAGUAGCACCUUCAGGCUAGUCCCUAUCCCAGCCCCUCAGAGCAGAACCCUAAUUAACAGAUUUCUGCAUCACCCCAAAUGAUGGUUGAUCCUUUCCAUAUAAUGUUCCAUAAUAGGACAUUCUGAGUCACUCAUCAGUGGAUCAGAAACUCCCCCAUUAACAAAGACUCUCUCUGAUUCUCCUUGUAAUAAACAUAGGUCACAACUCCAGAGUAAUAGACCAUGUCACUAUCCCCAUUUAACAUCAUUGCCCUCAAGAUUCCGUGAUCCCAUGGUCACCCCGAAGCCCUUCCAUUCCAUUCCCCCUUUCAAAGACUCUCCAUGAACAAAGACCCUUGUUCUCACCCCUCAAGAAAAGACCCACUUUAACUAGCCCACUGUCACCCCCCCAAUUUAUAGACACCAAAACAGUCCUGGAAGUGCUAAUUACAGGACCCCCAAGUCUUCCUACCCUCUGCACCCUCAAGAAACCCCCAGUGCCUUGUAUGAAGCCCACCCCACAUGGCCUCCAGCCUCUGUGCUGGCCAGGCUCCCAGAAAAUUCUCUAUUUUUGAAGUAAUGACUUCCCCCUUUGGGGGACCCCAAAAUUUGGAGACCCCAUUCUGAGACUCUGGGGAUCCCACACCCCAGAGUAUACAUGUCCCAAGACCCCCUGUGCCCCCAAGUCCUAUAACCCCUAGAAGAUCCCAAAUUUCUAACUCCCAGGACCCCCAAAUCAUGGAAUCCCCAAAUCCCCAGGGAAUCCCAAAUUUAAAAGUCCAAUCGCAAACCCCCAGGAAAACCCAAUUAUGAGGUCCUUGUACCUGGGAUGGAGGAGACUGCAAUCGGGAAAUGUAUUCCAGGCUCUCAGGGUAUUUCAAGCCCUGUCCAUAGGCACCAGGAGACCCCCAAACAUGAAUUCCCAUCCUGGAAACUGCAGGACUUCAAUGCCCUGAGUUCAAGGAUCUCAAGAAACCCAAAUUCAAGAGCCCCAGCCCUAAGGGACCCCCAAAUCCUAAAGCCUCCGUCUAUAAUACGUGGAGGGCCCCGAGGCCCUGAAGCGAUCCCAAGUCUUGGAGCCCCCAUUUCAAUCUAUCUUCUGGUCACAGGUCCAAGACACCAAAUCUGAUUUACUGGCCACAAAGGACCUCAAAGCACUUGGGCCAGGCCAACAGCCUAAGGGAGAACCUGAAGGCCCCGCGGGUCCAGGGCAGACCUGGGGCCCUGACCACCAAGGACAGCUCACGACUGCCCCGUCUCACUGCAUGUCCCCAAACUCAGCAUGACCCCUGUCCUCUUCAAUAAAGACGUUUCUACGGCC